AUGAAUGUGUAUUUGAAUGAAGAAAUAAGAAUAGGAGAACUGCCAGAGGAAGGAAAAUUCACUGAUUGUGUGAUGUAUUUGUUAUUAUUAAACUACCAUAUAAACUUUAGGUCUGAAACUUUUGUGACGUUUUAUGGUACUGAUUUCACAACUAAUUAUAAUAGGGGUCACCCACAUGUAUUUUUUGACGAUUGUAAGCUUCGAAACGGAAUACAGUUGCCCUUGGAUAAAGUUGUUCUUUUCGAAACAGGCAGGCGUCACGCUAACGCGUUUCUUUCCUCUGAGAUGUUGCCAGUAGCUUCUAAGGAUCCACCGAACAACAUUUACUCUUCCAAAGUUUUCUUAAAAGUUAGCGGUAGGAUGAAGAGGUACAGGGAUAUCAUUGAUUUUGGCAAAUGUAAUAUCCAGGUAAUGAAGAAAUCCGAUGUGAUUAACAGUGUUAAUAGAAAGGAUACAAAGUUAAUACGCGUCCUCCAGAACAUAAUAAAAUACUGUCCCUCUUCAUGGAGAGAAGAGCUGGAUCAUAAAUAUGGAAUUUGGGAGAUGGCUGAUGAAAUUGGUGUAGCAGCGUCACAAAAUUCCUUUGUGAAUGAGUUUCAAACACAACCAGAUUUUAUUGAAUCGCAAGCUCAGUAUCACAAUCCUUUGAACCUUAGGCAUCUCAAUGAUCCAUGUGGGAGCAACUUGAGAAACGUAGCAGAACGUAAUCUGGUCCAAGAUAUUGUGGCCAAUUUGGUAAAACAAGAAUCAAACGAUGAUCAAUGGGGACUCACGGCAUCUGUCCUAGGGAGGGAAAACAACAUACCUUCUACCCAAUAUGAAGAAGUUACAAUUUGUGGAAUGUAUCCUCCUUUAAACGAGAAAAUAAUCAUAGACAGCCUCUCUGGCCAAACUGAGUUGUUAGAUUCGUUUGAAAUUUAUUUUAAGAUUACAAAUGAUGCACAAAUAGUCAAGACACUGUCUUUCAGAGAUUCUAAUUCGGUCUACAAUUUCAUUGGCUUUGAUGGUGACAUAAAACCCCAAAUUGAACCUAAACUCAAAUUGUUCCUAGAGAAUAAAUUUUCUCAGGGAAGUAAAAUGAAACUAGAAAAGAAACUCUAUCAACGGUUCAAGAACGGAGAAAUGGAUAUAGAAAUCUGA